AUGUCAUCGGAUUCUAUUGAAAUUGAAAAUAGUACUACAACUAAAGAUUUAUGUUCAUCAUUAAAUAUAAAUUUUGAUGAAUUAUAUUCAUCAUCAUGUUUAUCAAAUAAAGAUGAUUUUCAUAUUGAAGAAUUAUCUAUUAAUAAUCAUAAAGAAUCUAUAAUUAAACUUCCAUAUCCUGUUAUAUCUGAUCAUCGUAAUCCAUCAUCUGUACUUAUACUUUUACAAAAAGAAACUCAAACAACAUCAAAAAAAAUUCUUAAUAUUAAUCAACAAAUUGAAAAAUGUGAAAAAAAUUUAAUAUUAAAUAAUCAAUGUGAUAAAAAUAAAAAAAUUCUUAAAUAUGAACGUGUUAAAUUAAAACAACAAUUAGAUAUAUUAAAAAAACAUGAACGUCGUAUUAAUUUACAAAUUGAUUUUAUAACAACUAAAAUUGAAAUAAAAGGUUUAGAAGAUGAACGAAAACAAUUAAUUAAUGAAAAAAAUUUUGAUGAAAAUAAACAAAUUAAUAUAUUAUUAGGAAAAUUAAAACAAAAAUUAGAUAAAAUGAAAAUUUAUAUGAGAACAAGAAAUGAACAAAUGAAAAAAUCUAUUCAUAAUAAACAACAUUCAUCAACAUCAAAUGAUAAUCAACUAAAAUUAUCAACUAGUCAAAAAUCACAACAUAAUCUAAUGUCAUCAAAUUUGAAUCAAAAACGUUCAUUAUCAUCAUCUACAAGCAGUUCUCAUUCAAACAAACGUCUAAAAUCAACAAAUCAUAAUCAAAUAAAAGCACCUGUUGUUCGUCUAACAUCACGUUUAGCAAGUCAUCAAUCUCAUUCAGUACGAACACCAACAGUAAGAUUUCUAAAUAAAACAACUGGUUCAUCAAUGACAACACUUAAUUCUUCAUCACCAACAACACCAGCAUCAUCAUCAUCAACUUUAUCACCACCUUUAAUUGCAAGUACAAGUACGGAAGAUUCAAAUAAUAUUCAAAAUUCUUCUCGACAACAAAUUGAAAUUCCUUCAAUUGAUGAAGACGAUGAACUUGAUCUUGAACUUGAUAUUGAUGAAUUAUUUGAUGAUGAUCCAUAUUCUGAAGAGAAUAUACAUGGUUUUAAAUCUGAAACACGACAACUUAAAAUCAAUCAGGAUAUUUCGCAAAAAAAAUCUUAA